UAUUGUAAGCAUGUCACCUUAUCGGAUAAGGACAUCAAGAGUGCAGUACGUGUCGAUAACUUAUGACCGAUAGACACCUAUCUAAUUACACAGUAGGCGGGGUUCAUCUGCAAGCAGAAGGUGGCUUUUUAUGCGAUGGUAGUAAAACCGCCACCGGGAAUGAUAAAAGGAGUUCAUAUUUGCCUGACCCUGAUUGCAAUAUCUGCAAGUGCUUUCGGGAACGUUCGUUUAUCUCGAAACAAUGGACUCGCUGCAGGUUUCAGUCCUAAAAGUUACACUCCUUGCCACAAGACGGUUUUAAGUGAUCCCCGCUGCUUUAAGGUGAUUGAACAUCAAACUGUCUACGUGAUGCAAUGUGGGCCAGGAACUUACUUUAACAACCGGACAUGUAGCUGUGAUCUAUACACCUCAAAUUUGCCUCACCACCUGGCACCAGUAAAUUGCCAGCAACUCUACAAGGCGAUUACCUCAAGCGCCCAUCCAGAUCACCAAAGCAUGUUGUCUUGCACGUCCGGUGCAUAUACACAUUUGGAGAGAGUCAAAACGCAACACCAUUGUGUGACGUCCGACUCGAUGUGGAGUCGUUUACAAUUUGUGAAGACCCAUGAUUCCAUCGACUGCAUGAAGAAGAUAAUAUCGGAGAUGAACGAUUACUAUGGUUCUUGGAAUGUCCAGAACGGACAUUCGCCCUGUACCUGUAACGGUGUAAAGACCUUCAUCAAGUGGCCCACAGAGGAUACAUCUCGAUGCUACUACCAUGACUCAAAUUUCAACCAUAUGUACAGAACUGUAUUUGGUAGUAGAGACACACACAACACAAAUACAUAUGGGAGACGAUGUGCUAGUCACAAUACUAUGUGGAGCUACCUGGAUGCUGUGUCUAAGGCCCACACAUCUACUGACUGUCUGGAACUACUGGUUCAAAUCAUGACGGAAGCUUACCACAAUAUUGGUGCCAAUGAAAGCUGUUCCUGCCAAGAGAACGAUCACCAUGUCGCAACGACAACAACUUUACCAGCCCUUCAUAACAACGACUAUUGCCGCCACUACUCUUCUUACCAAGAUAUUCACAAUCUUAUUCACCACGACCAAUGUCUGUCAGACCAAACAGCAUUUCAAAAAUUGAGUGCGUUGGUUUAUUCUGGAUCAAGAACUAGAACCUGUGCCGAGCAUCUCGUGUCUGAUAUGUACGUUGUGUUCGGGAAGAUGGCACAAACACCAAGUAACUGCUCAUGUUCAGCUGCGACCCAUCUAUCACACUUUGACCCCCUUGGGACAUGCGUACACAUUCCGAUAUAUGAAGAAAUUACUAGUAAAUACGUGUAUAGUAGUCACCACUACCCUACCCAACAUGGACACACAACUGCACCGUGUAACACCCACCAUAGCAUAUGGAGCUCACUCUACAGCCUAUUGAGAACGGACUCAACUUGCCUCCAUGAUGCCAUACUGAAGAUCGCGUCAAGAAGUCACACUGAAGCGUGCUCUUGCCAUACAGCUACCAGUACCCCGGCACCACACCAUAGUCACUCUGUAAACUGUCAUGAAUAUUCGGGAUAUAAGGAGUUGAUGGCAGUGUUGUCGACGGAUAUGUGUGUUAGUUACACGAAAGUGUGGGGUCCAUUAAAAAUCCUUGGGUCACAGCGUCAGAGUUGCCUUGUAGAAGCUAUAAAAGAAAUGGCAGGAAGGUUCAAUCAUUUUGACAGAAAAACUUGUUCAUGUUCCCAUAACGGGACGUAUGAUUUGGUAUUCCGUAACGUACAUGGAGGACAUUACCAGGACUGUAAAGAUAACUUCCGCAGUACUUACACAGCUCUGCUCACCAAUGUUCUCGGUCACCAUCCGACCACAACAGGAAGUCAAGGGCAAUGUAUGACUCAUCAAACAGUGUGGGCACAGCUUCACUUAUUGGCAGGGACUACCAGUCGAACCUACUGUCUCAUGGAUCUUAUCAACCAUCUAGCUUUGUCGACUCAUAGUCAUACUGACACGUGCGCUUGUCAUCCUGUACAUGUAACCGUACCUACAACACCUAGGCCUGUGACGAUCCACCCUACGUCACAUCCAACCACUACUCAGGCUGCAGUGACAGUUAACUCAUGCCAGAAGUUGGAAACCCUCAUAGCCCUUGCCCAUAAUUCGUACCUUGUGGACAACGCUGCCCCAUGUCCAUCAGGGGGACAUUCGAAAGCUGAGGCGACGGUGGUAGACCUCUGCAGUGCCCCAGCAUCUAUAUCCUGGCAUAAGGGAUAUAAUGUAUUAGACCACUGUAAGGAUAUCCCACAGUAUUCCGCAAUAGCUGCGUUUGCGGGAAACAUUUACCUCGGUGAUGGAUUGGCUGGUAUUUUCAUAUCGUGUAACACCACAACUAUCAAGAUAGCAACUCAGCGCUGUGAUCACCCUAUGGAGGUUCUUACUGUUGUGAGAGGUUCAAGAGACCAGUAUACACACAUGGCGGAGAAUUAUUACACCAUACAGUGGUGAACUUUCUUGGAAGUCAUUGAAAGUAAAAACAAAAUAUGUCAUUUA